AUGUUAUAUUUUGUUAAUAUUAUUUUUGUAUUGUCUUUUUUUAAUUUUAUUGUUACUGGUUUACAAAAAUGGACUGAAGAGGAUGAGGCUCGAAGAAUACAAAUGAUAAAAGAUCAAGAAAAACAAAUAUAUGAAAAAGAAAUGAAUAAUUAUCAUAGAAGUUAUUCCUCAAUACCAAAAAUACAACAACAAAUAAGUAAUGAAAAUUCAUAUAAUGAUUAUGAAUCAUUAAUACAAAAACCAUCAAUUAAAACAUUAUCAGAAAAAAAUUAUUUAACACCAUCAAAUGGUAAUUGGUGUUAUAGGUGUGCCUCUCCAUACCUUAAAUUAUCACCAAAUCUAAGGCAGGUUGUUAAAAAUUUUUUAAAAAUUAGAAGAACAUCCUAUCCAACUGAUGCUAUUCAUGAUAAAUGUACCAAACCAACUGAUCUUGGGGUAUUUAAAAAGCAACAAUGUGUCAGUUCGUAUUGUCAGACGAUUGUCCUAACUGACCAUGAUACCGGUAAUGCUUUUACAAUUAGAGGAUGUGCAGAACAUUUUGGUGCUAUUGAUACUAAAUAUUUAGAGGAAAGAGAUGAUAAUUCAUGUACAAAAUUACAUGAUAAUCUAGAAAUGUAUGAAUGUAUAUGUAAAAAUCGUAAAUAUUGUUAUGCAGGAAAUGAAAGAAAUAUUCCUGAUAGUAGUAUUAAUAUUAUGGCACAAAAAUCAAUUCAAAUUAUAGAAAAUAAUAAUACUAUUAAAAAUUCUAACAAUCUGAUAUGGAAUUUUAUUGUAAUUAUUGGAUUUUUCAUGUAUUUUUUUAUUUUAAAUGAAUAA